CGGGACAGUUAUGCCCCCUCCGCUAACCGCGAAGUGAAACCGAGAGAGCGCGGCCGUCGGGCGCCCCCUGUCCUUUCAACAUGGAGGCGGAAACGGAGGCCGCCGUGCCCGAGACCCUCGCCGGCGCGUCGGGCGGUGGCCACGGUGGCCUGCUGAGCAGCCGGAAGCUGGUGGCCGCGGGCGCCCUGCUCGGCUGGCUCCUGGUCGUCCACUUGCUGGUCAACGUGUGGCUCCUCUGCCUUCUGUCCGCGCUGCUCCUGCUGCUGGGAGGCUGGCUGGGCUCCAACGCCGUCGUGGGGGCGUCGGGUCGCCUGCACCUGGAGCGCUUCGUGCAGAUGGCCGCCUGCUCGCCCAGCCCCGAGGCCGAGGGGCAGCUGGAACAGGAGAUCAACCGCACCAUCCAGAUGAUCGUCCGGGACUUCGUGUCAUCCUGGUAUCGCUCAGUGAGCCACGAGCCGGCCUUCGAGGAGGAGAUGGAGGCGGCCAUGAGAGGGUUGGCCCAGGAGCUGCGGAGGAGGAUGGGCAUGGUGGACACUCAUGCUCUUGCCCACAGGGUCCUGACUCUCUGCGGUUGUCACCUGCAGAGCUAUAUUCAGGCAAAGGAGGCUGCGGCAGGGAAGCGCAGUGGUGAAGUCGAGCCUGCCCAACUCUGGGAGGCUUACUGCAGGGCGACCGCCCCACAUCCCGCUGUCCAGAGCGCCAGUGCUCAGGUUGCCUACGCACGCAGCAUCGUGCAUGUGUUGCUUCAAGGACUAGUGCCAAAGCCCCACUUGGAGACUCGGACAGGACGCCAUGUCGUGGUCGAACUCAUUACUUGCAAUGUGAUCUUACCACUGAUCAGCAAGCUGUCAGAUCCCGACUGGAUCCACCUUGUACUUGUGAGCAUUUUUUCCAAGGCCAGAGAUACUCCAGCAGGAAUGGUUAAAUCGCUCUGCCCAGCCAGAGCCCUGGAACAGCCCUCAGUGCCCACAUCUCUGCCACUGAUUGUUGAGGUACAGAGUCUGCCAGAAGUGAGAGCCCCUUCUCCAGCCACAGCCCCAGUGCUCCUAAACUGUGAGGAGCCGGAGGGACUGUUACGCUCCUCCCCAGAAAUUGAGGAAGGCCAUGAAGCUGUAGAGGGAGAUUUUGGUGGAGUGCCAGAAGAAAGAAAAGUAGGAAACAAUUCAUCUCAUUUCCUACAGCCAGACAUCCGAGGCCCUCUGUUCUUAUGUGAAGACUCAGAGCUGGAGUCUCCAUUGUCUGAACUAGGCAAAGAAACCAUCAUGCUCAUGACCCCAGGCAACUACCUGUCUGACAGAAUCCAGGAUGCCCUGUGUGCCCUAGGGGGUUCCCAGUCUCUGCAGCCUAAGGAUGAGGAGGGAUCUGAAGGAAUUGAAGGAGCAGAGGCUGAGGAAUGUCCAGGAACAGAAACAGAGACAGGCCUGCUGGACUCCAUGCUGAAUUCCUGCCCAGAGAUCCAGAUUGACACAGCAGACAAGGAGGUAGAGCAAGAUGUCACCUCUCCUACAACUUUGCUGGCGAGUCCAGAAAGGACCUGCCCACCACGACCCUCAUGCUUAGAGAAAGAUCUUACCAAUGGUGUGAGCUCCCUUGAUCCUAGUCUGCCGCAGGAUCUACUUUCCUCCUCUCCACCUGGUCCUCUCAGCUCAGCUACCUUCAGCUUUGAGCCCCUGAGCAGUCCAGAUGGCCCAGUUGUCAUCCAGAACCUGCGUAUCACUGGCACCAUUACUGCUCGAGAGCACAGUGGCACCGGAUUCCACCCAUACACACUCUACACGGUGAAGUAUGAGACAGCCCUUGACAGCGAGAAUAGCAGCAACCUGCAGCAGUUGGCGUACCACACUGUUAAUCGCCGCUACCGCGAGUUCCUGAAUCUACAGACGCGUCUGGAGGAGAAAUCAGAUCUACGAAAGUUCAUCAAAAAUGUGAAGGGUCCUAAAAAGCUCUUUCCAGAUCUCCCAUUUGGAAACAUGGAUAGUGACAGAGUAGAAGCCCGUAAGAGCCUCCUGGAAUCAUUCCUAAAGCAACUCUGUGCCAUUCCUGAAAUCGCUAAUAGUGAGGAGGUGCAGGAAUUCCUCGCCCUGAACACAGAUGCGCGUAUUGCCUUUGUCAAGAAGCCGUUCGUGGUCUCCAGAAUAGACAAGAUGGUGGUGAAUGCUAUCGUGGACACCUUGAAGACAGCAUUUCCUCGCUCUGAACCCCAGAGCCCCACAGAGGAGCUGAGUGAGGCCGAGACAGAAAGCAGGCCCCAGUCAGAAAACAAGAAGGCUAGCAAGUCCAGACUAAGGUUUUCAUCCAGUAAGAUUGCUCCAGCACUGAAUAUGACUGAAGCACAAGAGAAGAUUCUCUAUUGUCUCCAGGAAGGCAAUGUGGAGUCAGAGAUCCUAUCCAUGUCUGGGAUGGAAUCCUUUCUUGAAAAACAAACAAAAUUAUUAGAAAUGCAGCCAGGAGAAGUCCCAGAAAAAGAUCCUGAACAUACCCACAAAGGAUGUGUGGAUGGUUGCUUGUCAGAUGCAGCUGAGCCUGCCCAAGACCUCAGCAACAGCGAUCCAGGAGCAGAGACGGAGUUAGCUGACACAGCCCUAGACCUGCUCCUCUUGUUGCUGAUGGAACAGUGGACAUGGCUGUGUACAGAAAGCAUGCAGAAGGUUCUUCAUCUUGUCUUUGGGACCCUAAUUCAGAGCAUGAUCUGGCUCCAGCCUCAUUUCCAGUUCUACCCCAUGUAACCAUCUACUGCUGGCUGAGCAUUCUGUGGUCUCUCUUCUUUAGGCCGUUGCUCAUCCUCUUGUCUCUACCUGAGUGGUCUUUCUCUAUCCAUUCCAAAUGUCCCAGACUUUGUUCUUGUCUGCUUGGCCUGCUGCUAAAGAGUUUUCAGAAACUGAGCAUUAAGUGUAAUUUGUUCUGUGACUUUUUAAUUGGCAUACCUCCCACUUUCCCUCUGCACUAAGGAGCCCUUUCUCUACUCUCAGUUUUGAUAAUAAUGCUUAACACAGUGUAUUAAAGAAGUGAUCUACUUUCCCUUAACUAGUGGUUCUCAGCUGGGGAGCAUUUUUUCCCCAGGGAUAUUUGGCAACAUGAGACAUUUUUGGUUUUCACAGCUGGGAAGAGAGGCAGGAAGCUAUUUCAUCCAGUUGGUAGGGUCCAGGGAUGCAGCUAAACUUCCUACACUACACAGGACAGUGCCUUCCCCACCCCCAAAAACAAGGAAUUAUUCUACACAAAAUAUCAGUAGUGCAGAGGUUGAGAAAGCUUGCCCUGGACUAUCAGUUCUUUAAGGGCCAGAACUAGCAUUAUUUCUCCAGCUACUUACACAGGGCCUGGGACAUAGUAAAUGUUCACUAUUGGAUAAAAGAAUAAGCAUUUCUCUUCUUAAUACCUUUAUACUAAAAAGUAGAGUCUCUUUAUGUUUUAUUCAGUCACUUGUGAACAUUGCUAAUUAAGCCUUCAUUUCUCUUCUCCUUCUCUUAGGCUCCCCUUUGCUGAUCUUCCAAAUGUUUUCAACAAAUGGGAAGCUUCUAAAACUAGCUAGUAUGUGAUAAUUGAUUACCCCCCUUCCCCUUGAAGUAAUUUAUAUGGUAAAUUGGUUUCGUAACAAUAAUUUAUUUAGUAGGAGUAGAAAAAUAUAGAUGAGUCAAAAAAAAUUCAAAAAGAUGGAGAUUCAUGUAUAGAAAAAGUAGAAAGAAACUUACCUGAAGUUUAAAUAACUCAGAAUAUUAAAGGGUUUGGGCCAGUACCAAAUAGAGAGAAACAUAUAUUUGGGAAUUACAGGCAGAGCAGUAAGAAGUGAUACAGUAUGUAGCUAGCACCCCUGGAGACCUAAAACAGGACACUUAAAUACUAGAGAAUUGUAGGCUGUGAGAAUUCCAGGCCAGGCUGCAUUACCUCUGGGCGAUGAUUAUAGAUUUUCUAGUGAUAGGGAAGAGACAGGAAUAAAGUGGAGCGGGGGCAUGUAAGGAAGUACGUGUGUUUGCGUAUCCAGUCUACUCUAAGCUGUUUCUUGAUCUCACUGACAUCACCUUGUCCAGGCUGUUUGUAGCAUUCACCCCACUUCACCUUAAAGUGCUCUUAACUCUGUCCUGCCGGGGCACUAUUUUGGUCUUAUUCCUUGAAAAAUAGUAAGGGUUCAUCAGUGGUGAUCAAAACAGAUGGAGUCCCUACUCUUCACAUAUGGUGCAGGUUAGUGGGGGUGAUACUGAGGGCCUUAUCCAUGAUCACAAAGCUAAUGCGUGGUGGAGCCAGAAAUGAAACCCAGGUAUUCCACAGCCCAUGUUCUUGUCCACUGCCGCAUACCACCACUCUGCUCUAUUACCCUCCCUGAGCUUUGCUUUCCUCACCUGGAAAGCAGGAAUAAUGGCAUCGAUGUCUUAGGUACAUGGAACA